AUGGCUUCGGAUAACAAUCCUAUGCUACGCGACGGGAUGACUGGUGACUGGAUUGGCACUUUCCUGGGCCACAAGGGUGCUGUUUGGCAAGCCCGGCUUUCAACAGACGCCAAAAUUGCUGCCACUGCCGCUGCGGACUUUUCUGCAAAAGUUUGGGAUACCCAUACCGGCCAGUGUCUAUAUACAUUGCAACAUGCGCACAUAGUCCGCUCUGUCGCCUUUCCUAUGCAGGACAACCCCCAAGUUCUUGCGACCGGCGGUAUGGAGAAAAGGUUGCGGAUUUUCGAUCUGUCUCGGAGCGAGGGCAGUAGCUCAUCUCCUACGUCGACUAACAGUAGUUCUCCUGCCCUAAAUGGCAGCGGUUCCAACACAAAUUCUUUUAACUCGACAAGUUUUGAGAUUGGACCCGGUGUCCAUGAAGGCACUGUCAAGUCUAUCAUUUGGAAUCAAGACUACAAUAUCAUCACCACGGCUUGCGACGAUCGGAAGAUUAGAUGGUGGGACCUGCGCUCUCAAAAUCCUUGUAUGGAAUACACUGUCGACGGGCUGAUUGGCAGCUGCGAGUUGAAUACACUUUCAACAGUAAACAACGACCCAGGUAUUUUGAGCAUCGCUGCUGGAAAAUCCGCCUACUUUUUCGACGGCGCUGCUCCAGGCCGCCUACUCAAGAAAGUGGAGUUUAAUUAUGAGCUUGCCAGUGUUGCCGUAAACAACCAAGCUAGCAGGUUUGUCACCGGUGCCACCGGCGACACUUGGGCACGGGUGUACGACCUCAACACGGAUGAGGAGCUCGAAGUCCAAAAAGGCCAUCACGGCCCGAUCUGGUCGGUAAGCUACUCGCCCGAUGGAAAGCUCUAUGGCACAGGAAGCGAAGAUGGGACUAUCAAACUAUGGAAAGCAUGUAAAGAGUCUUACGGCCUCUGGAGAUAA